AGUGGUGUUUAAUAUGUUAGAUAUUCAUCCGUAGUGAAGUAGGUUCUGCGAUUAAUUGUACUGCGGUCGGAUGGGUGGAAUAUAUAUGCAUGUUAGAAGAGUUUGAAUAUCUUAAAUAUUCAUCCGUAGUGAAGUAGGUUCUGCGAAUACAUGUACUGCGGUCGGAUGGGUGGAGAAUUUUAUAUUGUUAAUGUUAUUUUCUUAUUAUUAUAUUGUUUUAUGUGUUUAUUAGUUAUUUUUUUUUUCAUGUUUUUAAUUUUUGGGAAUGUCCGAUUACAGCUGUUAUGCUGCCGAAAUUUUACUAGAAUUAGGAUAAAUUUCACUAAAAUGCAUAAAAUUCAAUAAAAUAUAUACACAUAUUUAAACAAAUAACUGAAUAAUUUUAUUUUUUUUUUAUAAGUUUCAAAAUGGAUAGAAAUUGGAUGAGUGCGAAUAGAUUAUCAGCGGAGUAUAGUGAAGGAGUUGACCAUUUCUUGGACUUUUGUCAGAAGAAUGCUAAAAAUACUAAAUUGGUUCUUUGUCCUUGUCUUAAAUGUGGUAACAUGGAGCGUGUGGACAUUGCUAGUAUAAAGGAGCAUUUAUUUAGGAACGGAAUAGACAAGAGUUAUAAGGUUUGGGUUUACCACGGGGAAAAGAAUAGAGUUCCGGGCGAGGGAACGUCUAAGUCUAACAAGGUUAAGGGUGUUAAUUUGGAGUAUGAGGAUGAUCACAUUCCAGAAAUGAUUGGAGAUGCACAAUAUGAAUUAAAUGUCAAUCCUUUGAAAUUUCAAAGUUUUGUAGAGGAUGCCGAGAAGCCUAUUUACCCUAACUGUAAUAGGUUUACUAAGUUGUCGACACUUAUUAGAUUAUACAACAUAAAAGCCAAACACGGGUGGAGUGAUAAGAGCUUUUCGGAUUUACUAGCUUUCCUAGUAGAGUUAUUACCGGAAGGUAAUGUGGUGCCUUCAUCUUUUUAUGAGGCGAAGAAGACACUUUCUUCGUUAGGCAUGCAAUAUGAAAAAAUACAUGCAUGUCCUAACGAUUGCAUCCUAUACCGUAAGAUGUUUGUGGAUGCAAUAUGGUGUCCCACUUGUGGUGAGUCUAGGUGGCAAAAAAAAAAGAAUUCUGACGAGGUAAAGGUUGGUGUCCCUGCAAAAGUAUUAUGGUACUUACCCCCAAUACCUCGUUUGGUUCGGUUUUUUCAAAAUGCCAAUCAUGCAAAAAAUUUAAUUUGGCAUGCCAGCGAUAGAAAGGUAGAUGGUAAGAUGAGACAUCCAGCUGACUCACCCGCUUGGAAAUCAAUCGAUGCUAGGUGGCCUGAAUUUGGCAAUGAACCUAGGAAUAUCCGUCUUGGUCUUUCUGCCGACGGAAUCAAUCCACAUAUUAGCCUUAGCAGUAAGUACAGUUGCUGGCCAGUUUUGCUUGUGAUGUAUAACUUGCCGCCUUGGUUGGUAAUGAAGAGGAAGUUCACUAUGCUUACACUGUUGAUAUCAGGCCCUUCACAGCCUGGUAAUGACAUUGAUGUGUACUUAGCCCCUCUAGUUGAUGACUUGAGUCGAUUGUGGCAUGAGGGUGUUUCUGCUUACGAUGCCUUUAGGAAAGAAGAGUUCAAUCUUAAAGCCAUAUUACUGUGGACCAUUAAUGAUUUUCCAGCUUUCGGAAAUCUUUCUGGAUACAGUGUGAAAGGGUACAAAGCAUGUCCUAUUUGUGAGGAGAGAACAUGUUCUAUGUAUUUAAAACACUCGAAGAAGAUGUGUUACAUGGGACACCGAAGGUUUUUGCCAAAAGAACAUGUGUUUCGCACUUGGAAGAAAGCAUUUGACGGUAAGCAAGAAUUCGGAUUGCCACCACCACCUUUGCUAGGGGAACAAGUGUUAGAAAAGUUGAAUAAAGUUCAAUUCCACCUUGGAAAGCGAAAAGCAAAUCCAAAGAAAAGAAAAGGUCGUCGUGAGAAAAGUGACGUUGUUCCAAAUGAACCUCAAGGGCCAUGGAAGAAGAAGUCAAUAUUUUUUGAGCUCGAGUAUUGGAAGCAUUUGUUGAUACGUCAUAAUCUAGAUGUGAUGCACAUCGAGAAAAAUGUGUCAGACAGCUUGCUUAAUACCUUGUUCAAUAUUCCUGGGCGUAGCAAAGAUGGAAUCAAAUCCCGCUUAGAUUUGAAAGAGUUAGGGAUUCGUUCCAAUUUACACCCACAAGUUGUUGGUCGACGAACGUUCUUACCACCAGCUUGUCAUGCUCUAACUAAAGCAGAAAAACAAUCUUUGUGCGGUUCUAUCUCCCAGGUGAAAGUACCUGAAGGGUACUCCUCAAAUGUCUCUGAUUGGGUAGAUAUGAAAAAAUUAAUUUUGAGUGGUCUGAAAUCUCACGAUCAUCAUAUAUUGAUUCAACAUAUUCUACCAGUGAGUAUCCGUUCUGUGUUGCCAAAGAAAGUUAGAUAUGCAAUUACGAGAUUGUGUUUGUUCUUCAAAUCUCUUUGCUGUAAAGUGGUUGAUGUGCCUAAGUUACAGAAUCUCAAGAUAGAAAUUAUAGAAGUUUUGUGUUACUUGGAACAAUUUUUCCCGCCUUCCUUUUUCGACAUAAUGGUCCACCUAACAGUGCAUUUGGUGAGAGAAGUAAAGUUAUGUGGACCUGUGUACUUGAGAUGGAUGUACCCAUUCGAACGAUACAUGAAAAUCUUGAAGGGUUAUGUCAGAAAUAGAAGUAGGCCUGAGGGUUGUAUUGUUGAAUCAUACAUCGUUGAAGAGACGAUUGAAUUCUGCUCAGACUACUUGUCAGAGGUUACCACUGUUGGCUCUCGCUCUACUCGGGUGGAUAGGGAAAUAAGCAGAGGGGGUAGGGGUUUUUCUGUUUGUGGUGUGAGUCGAGCUGAUUGUGAAGAAGCGCACCGGCUUGUGUUGCAAAAUACUGAUGUUGUCCAACCGUACAUUGAGGAACAUUUUAAUUGGAUCAAGACUACUAAUCCGACUAAGGCACGAAAUCAAAAAUGGGUACAAGAUGAACAUUAUCGAAAUUUCAGUACAUGGUUAAAAAACAAGGUACUAUUAACAUUAAUGUUUUGUUACGCAUCAUAUGUUGAUUUACCUUGACUCACUAAUCAACUUGUUAUGUUCAUAGGUAUAUGCAGAAAUGUGUGAAUCUCCGUGUAGUGUGUCCAACACACUACUUUGCAUAUCACGAGGUCCUUCGUGUGAUGUACUCAAGUUCCCAUCGUACUAUAUAAAUAGUACUCAAUUUUGCACCCAAGCCCGUGAUA